GUCACUGUCUCUGACUUACCUCUAGCACUGCGGUGUGUUUUUGUAACGGAUCGGUUGGACUCGCCCACUCCUCGAGGGUGCUCGCGCCAGCAAACAUGCGGCUACGCUUGCUCUGGAUCGUCUUGCUGGCUGUCGCUCGUACAGCUUUGGCUGACGAGGGAUAUAAUUAUCCCAGACCGACAAAUCAGCUUAUACCAGGUGGUCCGGGUGGAGGACCCGGUGCAAAACCGGGAGGAGGAUUUCCAGGAGGUCCCGGUGGAUAUCCAUCUGGUCCCGGAGGACCAGGAGGUCCUGGUGGGCCUGGUGGUUAUCCAUCCGGACCAUCAGGAUUUCCAGGUGGACGUCCAGGCGGUCAGCCAGGCGGACAGCAACCUGGAUUUCCGUCGGGUCAGGGACCGUCUGGUGGAUAUCCUAGCGGACGUCCUUCUAUUCCAUUUCCAGGAGGUGAACCAACGAGCAGGCCAGGGACGGGUCCAGGUGGAUAUCCGUCCGGUCCAGGUGGUGCACCAAGCGGGCCAGGUGCACGACCAGGAGGGUUUCCAACAGGACCAAGUGCUGGAUAUCCUAGUGGCAGACCUAGCGGACCAGGAUUUCCCGGACAAGGACCGUCCGGAUAUCCGAGCGGUGGACCUGGACAAGAAAGACCAGGAGGCCCCGGUUAUCCCAGUGGACGACCUAGCGGACCGAGUGGAGAAUAUCCUGGUCAGGCUCCUGGAGGUUAUCCCAGUGGAGGUCAGAAACCUGGUGGUCCGGGAAGUGGAUAUCCUAGUGGAGGACCAGGCGCUGGCUAUCCAGGAGGUGGUCAGAGACCUAGCGGUGGUCCAGGUCCUCAAGGACCAAGCGGAUACCCGGGACCGGGAGGCCCUCAAGGUCCUGGAGGUCAACCAGGCCCAGGUGGAGCACCUGGUGGAGGUUAUCCAAGCGGACCAGGAGCACAAAGACCAGGAAGUUAUCCGAGUGGUCCAGGUACACAAGGACCGGGUAGCUAUCCCGGUGAACCAGGCCCACAAGGUCCAGGAGGCUAUCCAGGUGGGCCAGGUCCACAAGGACCAGGAAGAGUUCCGAGUGGACCGGGUCCGCAAGGACCAGGACAAUUCCCAGUAGGCCCUGGAGGACCUGGAGGACCAGGAGAAGAUUAUGGCCAUGGUGAUGAAGGAACAUACGACGAAGGUGACUACUCAGCUAUUCCAGGAGAACCUGGUCGCGACUAUCCUAUAUAUAGUGAAGUACCGGAAACUAGUUUCCGUUGUGAUGCCCAACAAUUUCCUGGUUACUAUGCCGACGUGGAAGCCCAGUGCCAAGUUUUCCAUAUAUGUGCCAACAAUAAAACUUAUGAUUUUCUCUGUCCAAACGGAACAAUCUUCAAUCAGCAAUUCUUUGUUUGUGUAUGGUGGAAUCAGUUUGAUUGUAAUUCCGCACCAAACUUUUUCUAUCUAAAUGAAAAUCUUUAUGACUAUACUAUAAUGGGAGCACCGGGAGGUCAAGGAUUACCCGGAGGUCCUGCUCCAGGACCAGGAGGUCCAGGCGGUCCAGGCGGCCCUCAAGGACCAUCGGGACCAGGAGGUUAUCCAGGAGGGCCUCAAGGCCCAUCAGGACCAGGUGGUUAUCCAGGAGGACCUCAAAGACCACCAGGACCAGGCGGUUAUCCAGGAGGCCCUCAAGGUCCAUCGGGACCAGGCGGUUAUCCGGGAGGCCCUCAAGGNCCAUCGGGACCAGGCGGUUAUCCGGGAGGCCCUCAAGGCCCAUCAGGACCAGGCGGUUAUCCGGGAGGACCUCAAGGCCCAGCAGGACCAGGCGGUUAUCCAGGAGGUCCACAAGGUCCAUCCGGACCAGGCGGUUAUCCAGGAGGACCUCAAGGCCCAGCGGGACCAGGCGGUUAUCCAGGAGGUCCACAAGGUCCAUCCGGACCAGGCGGUUAUCCAAGUGGCCCUCAAGGACCAACAGGUCCAAGCGGUCCAGGUGGUUUUCCAGGACGACCUGGAGGUCCAUCUGGUCGCCCAGGACCUGGAUACUUAACACCACCAACAGGACCUCAAGGACCUCAAGGACCAAGCGGACCAGGCGGGUAUCCUGGAAGACCUCAGGGUCCUUCUGGGCCGUCAACAAGACCUCAAGGACCUAGUGGUCCAGGCGGUUAUCCGGGACCAAGCGGACCAUCUCCAGGAUAUCCGAGUCAGCCUCAAGGACCGCAAGGUCCAAGCGGCUAUCCCGGUGCUCCGAGCGGACGUCCACAAGGACCAGGUGGAUAUCCUAGUGGUAGACCAAGCGGCCCAUCAUUCCCAAGUGGGCCUGCAGGGCCAGGAGGUGUUCCGGGCAAACCCGGAUCAGGUUUGCCAUUCCCAUCGCAAGGUCCGUCACAGCCAGAUCGUGAGUACUUGCCACCGCGGGCUGCGUAAUCGUAAAACUAAACGCUCCAGCUGAUAUCUAACGAAUUUAUAAGGCUGGAUAACACGUGUAAAUACGAGCCCUUUUACUUGUGUAAUCUAAGUGAUAUCGAUUAUUCGUAUUGCAUUCAGUUUCAUACAUGUAUAGGAAAUCUGAUUAUUCUGCUUAUACGUUUCAUCAUCUUAGGGUUUUCCAUUCAUAGAAUUGAGAAUUUAUUCUGUUCACUUGAUUACUCAAUUAUUUAUUUGGAAAUAUAGAAUAACAAUUACAAUUAAUACAUCUUAACACAUAUCUUUAUUAAUAUAUUUUUAUAAUGUAACAGAAAAAAUUACACAAAAAGUGUAUUACUUUUUUUAGUUAUUUAAAAGUUCUAAAUUCGGCAUUCUGCCGUAAAAUUAUUUAUCGAUGCAUUGCCUCACAAAUACAAGUAUUUAACGGAAACCUUUUGAUGAAAUAUUAUAAUAUUGUAAGAUGUAUACGCUGGAUGUAUUCAUCGUCGUGUAAAACUUUACUAACUACCACUAUAUUAUGUCUAUAAGAAAUUUAAGUAUUGAUUCAUAUCUCAAUUAUUAUAUUAUCACAUAAAUGUGUUUUAACCAUAUUUUUAUUAAAAAUAAAAAAUGAAAAAAAGAUUUUUUUUAAUAUUACAUCGGUAACACAGGUAAACACUAUUUACAAUUGACAAUAUUGGCCUCAUUAAUAUAAUUAUUAAUAUUAAUAAUAAUUGCAUCUUGUGCGAACAUUGAAUACAUGCAGCUCUUGUAAGUAUUAAAUGCGACGUAUUUAUUUAUUCAGCUUUAAUGAAAAAACAUGGAUGUUACCAUUUAUACAAUCUUAUUAUUAUUGACAGAAAUGUAUAUCGGACAUUGUGUAUGCAAACAUUGUUACCAAGAAAAUCAAACGUUCGUGCGAUUAGAAAAACGAGAACUUGUUAAUCAAAAAUAACUUGUUAAUCAAACGCAAUUACAGAAUCAAAUGGUCUUAUUCUCCUUAAGAGAGAUACCUUACAAAGUGUCAUAAUACAAUUUUUUCACAGUUAUUUGUCAUUAUUAGAGAGACGCAACAAUUAUUAAUUACACAUGAACACACUCUAACUAAUCUGUUGCAAUGUAUGUUAUAAAUACACCUUAAGCAAGUUUACAUUCGUAGACAAUUAUACAAUAAACACUUUUUUAAAAUAAUGUAUAUAACACGAAUAAUAACACUCACACGUACACACAUACACGUACACACAACCACGGUACAAAAAUCUUAUAGUGUUUUUCUAAGAAUGUUAAAAAAUCUGUAAGAGUAAAUAUGCGAUGUUCAGGCUCAUGUGUAAAAUAAAAGUAACAGUUUUCCUUCCGAUCGAACAAUACUUAGUAAAAAAAAAAAAAAACAUUGUACAUUAUCUUAAGUAAUUAUCACUCAACAACAAAGCAGUGAGAGUCCGAUUUCUUUCAAGGAGCGUAUCAUUGUCAUAUAUAUAUAUAUAUAUAGUUAAGCAACGCAUGACAUAAUUAUAUAUACAUAUACCUAUAUUUUUAUAACAAUGGUUUGAGAGACUCCUAUUGUGGGAUGCCAUUAUGUAUAUUUUAUGCGCGAA